GCUUCAGCUUCAGCAAUCGGCAUUCAGCAAUGGCGUUGAGUUGAGUUGAGUGUGGUGGGUGAUUUACGACAUUUACGUACAGUGAACGAACAGUAGUAGUCAAAGUAGUCUAAGUCUAGUACGUGUUUUUGUAGCAGUGUAAUAGUAGUAAUAGUGUUGUCUUCAUUAAAACCAUCGUGCAGUUUUGGCGGCAGUGUUAACGUCGUGUCUUCUACAUUAAAACACGUAAUUUUAUCUCAUAAGUGAUUAAUAUUAAAGUAACGGACAAUGGCAGCACCGAAGUUUAAACCGGGGGAUAAGAUUUUUGCUAAGGUAAGAGGCUAUCCACCUUGGCCUGCUCGGGUUGAAGGGGUCGCCGAUGAAACGCCGAACAAGAUGAAGUAUCAUAUUUAUUUCUACGGUACUGGAGAAACCGCUGUAUGUAAACAAGAAGAGUUGUUCCCUUAUGUUGAAAACAGAGCCAAAUUCGGAAAACCUAUGAAGAAAAAGGGAUUCAAUGAAGCUAUAAUGCAGAUGGACUCAGAGUUGGGCUUAAGUCCAAGGCCUCAAGCUCCAGAUACUCCAAUAGAAGGAGACAGUGAAACCGAAGGAAGUCUAAUAAUUGAUGAAACACCAGGUAAAAAGACUAAAUCAGCAUCCAAUACCCCAGUUACAAGUAAACAAAAGGUGCUUGAAAAGAAAAAAAUUGACACAAAUGACACAGAAUCACCAGCUGUGAAGAAACCUCGCAAAAAGUCAACCUUAUCUGAACAAGAUACUCCAACGUCUUCAUUAAAUAUUACACCGUUAGAAACAUCUCGAUCAGGAAGAAAGAUAAAACACAAAAAGAUUUCUGAAGGAGCCGAUGAACAAGAUAUAGAUGGAGAGUUUGACACUCCCAAAGGGAAACAGCAAAGCAAACAAUCCAAGGGUAGAGAAUCUUUAAUAAACAAAGAUGGAUUGGAGGUUGAUGGGGAGUUGUUGAAAGAUGGAACAUUAAGAGCCUUUACUCCGAAGGGCGAGGAAGUAAGAUUGAAACUCAAUUUGAAUAAGCCUUCUGUUUUCAAGACUGAAAAAGCCAAGCUGGAAUGGGAAGCAAAAGUUCUACAAGAUGGUAAAACUUUAAAAGCUCAGAUUGAAUCAGGUGAAAUAUUACCUGCAGAUGUCCAAAAAGAGAUUAAAGAAAAGUAUCAGGACAAACUAAUGCAAGUAGAGUACAAAAUGGCACUUGAUGAUAAGAAAGAAAAAUUGGACUUUUUGCGAACCGAGGCACAGCUCCUUGAUAUUGAUGUGAGGAUUAAGAGUAGCUUGAGUCUUAAGCAAGCUGAUGCUGAGUCUUGUAUUUCCCAUUUAGAUGAGCUACUAAGUGUUAAGAUACAUCCACUAAUGGUUAAGAAACACCCAGAGUUGAUAGACACAAUUAAAAAACUUCGCAAGUAUGUUGGGAAUACAAGUUGUUGGAACUUUUCUGAUGAGGAAACCGAAGUAUUUGCUUCCAAAGCAGCAUUGAUCAGAUCUAAAGCUGAAAAUGUUUAUAAUAAAAUCAAAGCAUUGUUUAUGGUUCCUCCAGGAAGAUCUUUCUUAGAUGUAUUUGCUGAAGAAUUGAAAGAGUUCCAUGAUACAACCAAAGAAAUGAAAAUUGACGAUGUUUUUUCACUGACAAUUGAUCCUAGGCCUACAGGAAAACAAAAUGAAGACAAUGAAAAGAUCACUGAAGGUUCUGCUGCUUAGAUUUCUCCUUCCUCUCACUGAAUGUCCAUAUGAGGAGAGCUGAGGAGAUGAAGUAUUUUCUUGAAGCAUUCAUUACAACAACGGUUUUUCAUGUGUGAUACAUUGUCUCUGCCAUAUUUUUUUGACAUUGACUAGACUGAGAUUCAAAGUAUAACAUUUAGGGAUUCUUGUUAAAAUCUCUUGAAUUAUUUGUAAAAUUUAAAAUGACUUUGGUAGGCCUAUAUUAGGAUUAAUUUCAUUGCGUUGGUAUAUUUUGACAGACAUUGCAAUAAUUCGAACGUGUACUCCAUUUCAUUAAUCGUAAUAUUUUAUUACCAAACUAUAUAACUUACAGUAUUUGUUAUAUUUUUAAUUUUGUCUUGAUUUUCUCCUAUUUAAUGUAAGCUUUUUUAUUGUUUUGACAUAACUGAAGGAUUAUAUACUUAUUUAUGCUAUAUUGUCAUUGUAUUGGACAUUUUUAUAAGGACAAGUUUCAUUUUUGGUAUUUAUUUAAGUAAAAAAAAACAAGUGAUGAAAAAUAUAAAUUUACAGUAAUUGUCAUUGUCAUGCCUAGCCCAGUUUGUGCAAUUCUUUUUCUUGCAAAAUAAGUAUUAGCCCAUGUUGUUGACUGUGUUUCAAUUUUUUCCUGACUUGGUAAUCACCACAUUUUCUCUUUAGUAUUAGUGUGUCUAUGUUCUUUUUAUAAUAACAAUAAGAUAACAAACAAUAGCGUUUGUAGUAAAUAGGCCACUCAGUGUUACUUGAAAAAUUAUAAUCUUAAAAACUACAAUCCAAUAGCUUUAAAAGAAUUUACAAUCCAUGUAUGAAUGUCAUCAGACUAAUUUCGGUUAGUUCUUAAUGAAAUUAUUUUAGUAUUAAUAUGAUUAUGAUUAGUAAAACCUAACAUGUAAUUGUUUUUGCUAUCGCAAGAGGCCUGUAUUGCAACUCUUUAUAAUGAGAUGAGUUUUAAACUUUUUUUUCCAUUUCGGUAUUGAGAUACCUUUUUAUUUACCUACCCAAACUCAUACUUUAUACUUGUACGGUACUAAAUUAUACAUUAGUUCUCAAGAUAUUAUUCAAAAUAUUUUUACUGUUAUCUAACUAUUAUGUAAUUAUAUAAACAUUUUGUAUUGUACAUAUACAGUUGACUUUGAAAUAAAAAAACCAUUUUAUUAUUAAAGUACAGAUUUUUAUUCAUAA